AUGCCUGAUUUUGUGCGCGUCUCAGUCCUGGGGACGACUUAUGAGAUCACCGACAGAUAUGGUGACCUCGAACCGCGAGGUUUCGGUGCCUCCGGUGUUAUUUGCUCCGCGCACGACUCCAUAACGAAAGAUCAAGUUGUGUUGAAGAAAAUCGCAAAACCAUUCGAUAAUGUCGCCAUCUUGAAGCGGACGUUCCGAGAGGUCCAUUUGCUGAACGGGUUGCGCCAUGAGAAUUUGAUCAACAUGCGAGAUAUCUUCAUCUCGCCAUCAGAAGACAUUUACAUGGUCACCGAAGCCAUGAUGACUGACCUCUACCAAGUGAUCCGAUCGAAACCGCUCGAAAGCCAAUUCGUCCAGUUCUUCACCUAUCAGAUCCUCCGAGGAUUGAAAUACAUCCAUUCGGCAGGUAUCAUCCACCGGGAUCUGAAACCCCAAAACCUCCUCGUCAACGACAACUGCGACCUCAAGAUCUGCGACUUCGGGCUCGCCCGCCAGCAAGACCACCAAAUGACCGGAUACGUCGUGACGCGGUACUACCGCGCCCCGGAGGUGAUGUUGACGUGGCAGCACUAUAGUUACGCGGUGGAUAUCUGGAGUACGGGCUGUAUCCUGGCCGAGAUGUUGCGCGGGACGCCACUAUUCCCCGGGAAAGACCAUAUCGAUCAGUUCAAGAUCAUCACGCACAUUUUGGGGAAUCCGCCAGCGGAACUGGUUGAUAGGGUGUAUAGCAAGAACACAUUGAAGUUCUUGGAAUCUUUGCCGCCACGAGAGCCACGACCGCUCUCGUCGUUCUUUGUGGGUGUUGAAGAGGAAGCGGUUGACUUGAUCGGAAAGAUGCUCCAACUAGACCCAUAUAAAAGAAUCACCACCGAAGACGCCUUGGCCCAUCCAUACAUGGCGAACUUCCACGACCCGGAAGAUGAGCCCGUGGCGGAUCGCAAAAUCGACAUGUCCUACGAAGAGAUGGAGCUGUCGGCAGAGGAAUGGAAGAAGAAAAUGUACCAAGAGGUGCUCGACUUCCACGAGGGGUCCUGCUCCAAUGUUGUGCAGAGCAUCGAGGAGGAGUAA